ACCGUCAAUAUUAAGAAUAGCUGCAGCAACAACCUCAAAAUUUACAAGCUUACCAACGGUGGCGGUGCUCAAGAAUCCCAGGAUGUCUCUGCUGGUUCAUCCCAUGAUUUCCAAGUCGAUUCCAACUGGGCUGGUCGUUUCUGGGGCUGUGAAGGAGGUGAUUGCAGCUCCUAUGGCUCUGCUGUCUCGCUUGCCGAGUUUUUGUUCAAGGGCUACGAAGGCAGCGAUUUCUAUGACAUUUCCUUUGUCGAUGGUUUCAACCUCCCCAUGAGCAUCGAGCCCGAAGGCAAGUCCGGCGAUGGUUACGACUGUGGCUCGCCUACUUGUUCAAGCCUCCCAUCGUGUCCCGACAAGUUGAAGGGCGACAAUGGUGCCUGCAAGAGUGCUUGUGCUGCCUUUGGCACGGACGAAUAUUGCUGCACUGGUGAUUACAACUCACCCGACAAGUGCAAGGCCAGUGAAUACGCCGACGGGUUCAAGUCUGGCUGCCCUGAUGCCUACAGCUAUGCCUAUGAUGAUGCCAAGAGCACUUUCGGAUGCAAAGCCAACAAAUAUACUGUUACUUUCUGC